CGUGUUACGUGUAGAUAGUGAAGAUCAUCUUCCGUGAACACCGAAGAUCCCUUCUCUCCUCCCCUUGUCUCUUCCUUCUCUCCCUCCCCUUUGCCUUCCCUGUCUCUCCCAGCGCCGUGAAGGAUUUAACUAGGCCAGUAGACCUUGAAUCCAAGGAUCCUGCAGGCUUAAGGCUUUAGUAGUCGGCAUUCAGCGACACAAAGUUAUUACAGCACAGUGAAUCUUGCAACCAUGUCUGGACUUGCUUGGCAUUCAACCAUGCUCAAAUUUAUGCUUAGGAAAGUUCGCAGCUUUUUUGGAAUCCUCACCACCUCCUCCGUUGCUGUUGCGUCUCUCUCUACCACCUCUUCUACUCCCAAAGUUGCUGCUUCUGCCAUGGAAGACCUCAGGACCAAAGUCUGCAUCAUCGGCAGUGGCCCCGCAGCUCAUACUGCUGCCAUUUACGCAGCCCGUGCCGAGCUGAAGCCAAUUCUUUUUGAGGGAUGGAUGGCUAAUGACAUCGCCCCUGGAGGCCAGCUCACCACUACCUCUGAUGUUGAAAACUUCCCUGGAUUUCCUAAUGGGAUCCUCGGGAUAGAGCUCACGGACCUCUUCCGCAAGCAGUCUCUCAAUUUUGGCACGCAGAUCCUCACCGAGACAGUCGACAAGGUUGACUUCUCCACCACACCGUUCAAGGUAUUUACUGACUCCAAGAUCGUUCUUGCUGAUGCUGUUGUCGUUGCCACAGGCGCUGUUGCCAAGCGCCUCCAAUUCCCUGGCUCCGGUGAAGGUUCAGAAGGGUUUUGGAACCGUGGGAUCUCAGCCUGUGCCGUAUGCGAUGGCGCUGCCCCCAUUUUUAGGGGCAAGCCGCUGGCAGUGAUUGGUGGAGGGGAUUCUGCCAUGGAAGAGGCAACUUUUCUGACCAAAUAUGGAUCCAAGGUGUACCUCAUCCACAGGAGGGAUACAUUUAGGGCAUCAAAGAUCAUGCAGAACAGAGUGCUCUCUAACCCUAAGAUUGAGGUUGUAUGGAACUCUGUGGUGGAUGAAGCUUAUGGGGAUGGGCAGAAGGGGGUACUUGGUGGAUUGAAGGUAAAGAAUGUGGUGAGUGGAGAGGUUUCUAAUUUGGAGGUGUCAGGGCUCUUCUUUGCCAUAGGGCAUGAGCCUGCCACCAAGUUCUUGGAUGGGCAGCUGAAAUUGGACUCUGAUGGUUACGUUGUCACCAAACCUGGCACAACCCAGACCAGUAUCCAUGGCGUUUUUGCUGCUGGAGAUGUUCAGGACAAGAAGUACAGGCAAGCUGUCACCGCUGCUGGCACUGGUUGCAUGGCAGCCUUGGACGCUGAACAUUACUUGCAGGAGAUUGGUUCCCAGGAGGGUAAGAGUGAUUGACUAUCUGGGAUUCCCCAAGCAUUGAAAAGCCAUUUAUAAUCAGCACAAGGAAAAAAGAACUCUCAGGAGAUUCAUUUAAUGUUCUCUAUGAUUAUCGUUGUCGAAUGCAAACACGCUCAGAGUGCAGAAUUUAGUAUUACUUGGAAUUUGCCCCUUUAUUGAUACACAUUAGAUUACAAUUACUUAUUGCUGUCGAUUUUUAUGCUUCAACUGAAUGUUACUACAUUUUUAUCGUAUCGAAUGUUUUAGAGUCUAUAAUUGUCUUGGAUUUGAGUUUAAUCUUGAAAAUGAGUAUGAAUGAGAAAACUUGUUUUGGGCCUCA